ACUUGUGAGGAACAUUGGCAAAAAAUACCGAUCCCUAUGUAAACAAUGGCGGACAAACUGGGCAAUACGGAAUUAUUUUGGGAAGAUGCUGUGGUUAUCGCUAUUUAUUUUGCUAUAGUUUUAGCCAUUGGAGCAUGGUCGUCAUGGCGAAGUAAAAGUGACAGCAUCAGUGGUUACUUUCUAGCCAGUCGUAGCAUGCAUUGGAUACCCGUUGGUGCAUCUCUUUUUGCAAGCAAUAUCGGAAGUGGGCAUUUCAUAGGUUUGACAGGAUCGGGGGCCAGUUCAGGAAUUGGAAUUGCUGGAUUUGAGCUAAACGCUAUGUACGUGGUUUUAAUUCUCGGUUGGUUUUUUGUUCCCGUAUACAUGGCUUCUGGAGUUUACACAAUGCCUGAAUAUUUAAGGAAACGAUUUGGAGGCCAACGAAUUCGAAUUUACCUAUCAGUGUUGGCCCUGCUACUGUAUGUGUUCACUAAAAUCUCGGCUGAUUUAUACGCUGGAGCAAUAUUUAUCAAUCAAUCCAUCAAGCUGGACUUAUAUGGAUCUGUCCUCGCACUUCUCGCCAUCGCUGCGAUAUUUACAAUAGCAGGUGGCCUCAGUGCAGUUAUAUGGACCGAUUUUGCUCAAACCAUCCUCAUGCUUUUUGGUGCUCUGGUGUUAGCAGUUAAAAGCAUAUCCAAGGCGGGCGGCUACUCUCACCUGAUGGAAAGUUUCGGGGAGAUCGCUGUGAAUGAGAGUUAUGUGGGCUACGGGGCGGAUAACGAGUCCUGCAGCGCCGUUCCCGGCAACUACAUGCACCUCCUCCGUUCCCCCUCUGACCCUGAACUGCCGGCGACCGGGAUGAUUGUCGGAUUGACCAUCAAUGCCAUCUGGUACUGGUGCUCCGAUCAGGUAAUUGUCCAAAGAGCUCUAUCGGCUAAAGACCUGUCGCACGCUAAAGGUGGUUGCAUUUUGGCUGGAUAUCUGAAACUUCUGCCUUUGUUCUUGCUCGUGAUACCUGGGAUGGCGGCCAGAGUAUUGUUUCCGAAUGAAGUGGCCUGCUCCGAUCCCGUUAUGUGUGAAGAAAUCUGUGGAAGUAAACUGGGUUGCACAAACAUCGCCUAUCCGAAAUUAGUGUUGGAACUCAUGCCUGCUGGAGCUCGCGGUCUUAUGAUAUCGACGAUGUUGGCUGCCUUGAUGAGUUCACUGACAUCCAUUUUCAAUAGCAGUUCCACGAUCUUCACUAUGGACAUCUGGAGAAGAUUCAGAAAACAGGCUUCGGAAACUGAACUUCUGAUAGUUGGAAGAGUCUUUGUGCUUCUUCUCGUGGUUAUUAGCAUCGUUUGGAUUCCCAUUGUCCAAGCUGCUCAGAACAGUCAGCUUUUCCACUACAUUCAGAGCGUGACAUCCUUCCUAGCUCCUCCAGUGUGCGCUGUAUAUGUAUUGGCGAUAAUUUAUAAAAGAGUUAAUGAACAGGGCGCUUUCUGGGGCCUCAUGGUUGGUCUCCUCAUCGGAAUGAUCCGAUUCAUCUGGGAAUUUUCCUACACAGUUCCGAGUUGUGCGUCGCAAUUGCCAGAUCCACGCCCGGCCAUCAUAUCCAAAGUCCAUUACUUGCACUUCGGGAUAAUUUUAUUCGUCAUCUCCUGUAUAGUAACAGUAGUUAUAUCGUACGCUACUCAACCCAUAGCGAACAAGCAUCUUCCCAGGCUCUUGUUUUGGAGUCGGCACAGUAAAGAUGUGCGAAUCGAUAUUACGAAAAAGAACAUUAAUCAGAAUAAGAACAGAGACACAGAAAUGGGAGAAGUGAAUGCUACCUUUCAAGAUGAUGAUCUCAAAUGCCGCCAUCAAGAAAAAGUGAUAAAAGACGUAACUUCAGUAUACAUAACAGAUCCUAUUAAAAAUUGCGUAGAAAACAAAGGAGUCCUUCAAAAAUCAUUAUCAGAAGAUAUUAUAAUCGAAAGGCCCGCAUGGAAAAAAGUUCUCUUCUUCUUAUGUGGCGUUUCGAAACAAUCGAAUGCAGCUGAUAGUGCAGAACAGUUCUCAGCUGAGGAAGAGGCAACUUUGGCAGUUGAAGGCAUAAUCGAAAAGCCACUGUGGCAGAGGAUAUGCAAUGCGAAUGCGUUACUUCUCAUAGCCGUUUGUUCCUUCAUAUGGGGAUAUUAUGCGUAGUACUUUUAUAAUAUAACCAGAAUUACCAGUUUGUGGACGGGAAAUUCUUUUCAUAUUGUGAAUUUUAUUUUGAAGGCGUAUAUGAUGCUGUAAUUGAAAAAGUCUAGCACACUGAAAGAGGAACCGUUGAUUUGUAAUGAACCUGUCAACAGGAAAACCGGUUAGUUGGGAAAUGGCUUUUCAAUGAGCCAUUUAUUUAUCAAUGAACAUUUGUAGAGUUCAUACAUUAUAUGCAUAUAUAAUACAUAAACUUUCCAGUACGAACACUUUCUAAAGUGAAAUAGACCCGGAUAAUUCUAUUUAUUGUAAAUAGCAUCUUUGAGAAUCUAUACAAAGAUAUUUUAAUGCAUUUUUUUUAAAGAAUUCUACAUAUGUUUUUAUACAUGUUGAAUGUUUUAUAUUUGAAAAGUUAUAAUGUUGUGGCAUUUUCUAAUGUAUAUACUUAUGUCAAUUUCUUAACAUAAAGGAAAUUCUCAGUAUUUCUCUUUUAACCAGAUCGAUUUAUUUUAGUAUCAAUGACUGAUAUAUUAAUAAUUAAAUAACUCCUUAACAAUGAUUUAGUUUUAUUAUUUUUCUGAAAGUGUAUGAACGAUGUACAAUAUGCAGCAAUUGGAACAUAAGACAUCACCAUAACUGACCAACCUCCGUUAAACUGUGCGUCUUGCAUUUAUGAAUACGAUUUUAUUAACUUAUUCUUUAUUAUUUUAACAAAUAUGGGAAAAGUCAUCUUUCUAUAAAUAACAAAACAGCAUGGAUAAAGAAAUUUUAAAUUCCAUAAAAGGAAAGCAUUUUGUUCUAUAGACUACUGCAGAUGAAAAUUUCUGAUGGAGGACAAUUUUUUUUACUUAAAAAAAGACAAAAUAAAAUAAUCUUAAUCUAA